GACUCACAGCAGCGCGUCUGGAUGGAGAGAAUGAUUGAGGUCAUCAACGCUGACGGAUCGCUCUGCGAAACUCAUUGACUUAUUUUCAGAGCGAAACGACUUUUGGAAUUCACCUGGUGGGAAUAACGAUGUCAGAACUAUGGAGGUUGUCAUUUUGCAUGUCUGGAAGUCUAUUCAUAACCUUUCUUUCCCUGGCGAUCGCAAACUCCUCAUUAGUCAGUCAUCAGAUAUCUCAUCAGAUGUCUCAUGAUCUCAUCCAUCCUCCACAAAUCAGGAGCAAAGCACAGAGACACAGAAAUCAGACCAACUCAACACGAAUACAGAUAGAUUUAAAAGGGCCCAACGUUUGUGGAACCAGGUGCUGUUAUUCAUGGCUGGUCAACCCCAAGACCAAACAAUGCACAAAACCAAGAUGUCAUCCACGAUGCCAUAAUAAAGCAGUUUGCCGCUGGCCGAACAUCUGUCAUUGUCGUCCGGGCUUCCACGGGCAUCGCUGUGAACACGCUAACGUCACACCUACCUUGAGCACCGGGUUUGAAGCACAUCUUGGUCCCACGGUACCCUCAACCGUCACUACGGCAAUGCCUGAAUCCACCACCAUCCAUGGCAACAUCUCCACGCCUGCCUCCAGUGAUGCCAAUCCAGAUGCAAGAAAGACAUACUCAUUACGCUGGCAACCACCCAGUUUAAAAGAGACCCAGCUGGUCCUGUUGAAGAAAGCGUUGUCCAGUGGAACCGGUGGAGAGAAGAUCACAAAUGUUAUACUGAAAUACAUUGAAUCGGAGCGAAGCAGACUGGCGUCUUCGUCCUCUACUGAAGCAACAAAACUCUCCAGCACCAAAACCUUCCACACUCAACGUGGCCAGUUCACCCUCAUUUACACCGCAGCCGUGGCUCAGCCUUCGUCCGGCCAGCAGCAGCGCUCCGCCGUCGUCCGCGGGGGUUCGGAGAGGAUCAAAGUACUCUUCACUCCCACCAUCUGCAGACUGCGCUGUACACAGGGACGCUGUACCAACUAUUGUGAGCGUGGAAAUGUCACCACUAUCUACAACAGUGAGCAGGGAGGACAGACGCCGCCUGGAUCCGGCUUCAGAGUGUUCGUGUGUCCGAUGUUGUGUAAGAAUGGAGGAGUGUGCGUACAGAAGGAUCAGUGUCUCUGCCCGCCCAACUUCACAGGGAAGUUCUGCCACAUCCCCGUCUCCACCGCCGCCUCCACCAAUGACAUCGAGAAACCGGCGGCGAGUGCUGUGGAUUCAGCCAAUCAGCCGAUGACGUCCGAGUACAUACUGCCUCUGCAGACGCCUGAGCAGAUCAGCACCAAUGUGUCCCCCAUGGUGAAGGUACGAGUCCAGCAUCCUCCAGAGGCCAGUGUGAAGAUCCACCAGGUGCUGAAGGUGGGUUACGGUCCCACCGUCCAUGCGCAUUCGGAAACCGUGACCUGGUCGGCGGGGCUUUCGGGGUCCCGUCCUCGCCAGCUGCCUGGAGAGAGAGCCGAGGCGCCGCUGCCGCGGAUACAAGCCCAGACCAUACGUGGGGAUUCCGUCUACACCGAGACGUCGGGUUUCAAAUACUGCUUUAGAGAAGUCCGCAAUGGACAGUGCAGUUCUCCGUUACCUGGUCUAAGAAGUCAGGAGAUGUGCUGCAGGGGUGUUGGGAAGGCCUGGGGUAUCAACGAAUGCACGCUCUGCCCUGUGAUCUUAGGAAACACUGUUAAUGGACAGGGAAGCUGCCCGAAAGGCUUCGAGAGGGUCAACGGGACGCAGUGUGUGGAUAUUAACGAGUGUUUGCAGCCGGGUUUCUGUGAAAACGGGAACUGUGUUAACACCCGAGGGAGCUACAGUUGUGUCUGCAAAGAAGGCUACUUAUUGGACGCCUCUCAUGGGAUCUGCAUCUCGCAUAAGGUGAUCUCGGAAGAGAAGAACCAGUGUUUCCGUAUCCUGAGCCAAGGCUCCUGUUCUCUGCCCAUCCUAAGAAACAUUACCAAACAGAUCUGCUGCUGCAGUCGUGUGGGCAAAGCCUGGGGGAAGAAGUGUGAGUUAUGCCCGUACUUCGGCUCAGCUGCCUUCAAAGAGAUCUGUCCUGCUGGACCGGGUUACCAUUAUUCGGCUUCGGCUGUCAAGUUUAACCAGAGACUAGCCGAGAUGCUUGACACCGGUGGGCCGCCCUUGAUCUCCGAAAAUGGUCGCACAUCCACCCAAGACAUAGUAUCCCAACCUAAUAGCUCCAGGACACACUCAACAAUCUCACAGCCAACCCGAAUCCAACAAGCACCAUAUUCACCGACCAACACACAGACCAUCCGGGUUCAGCAGACUCCUACAAGACCACAGCAACCCGACACAGGGUCACAGACCGGUUCGGUUAUCAUUAUAACUCAACCAAAACCAAGCUUGUCAACAAGCGGCGGCUCUCAAACCACAAACACCAGACCUCAGCAGCCUUCCAGCGUCCGUCCCGGGAAUGCGGCCACCGCGGCCAGCCAGCCGGCCAGAGUGAAUACGCCCGUUGUACAGACGCAAACCAGCCGGCCUUCGAUUAACAGACAACCAGUAUCUCCAGUCAGACCUCCUCCUGUACCGGCUACGAGCCGACCACUUCCAACUAGACAAGAUGGCCGGGUAUGUGAAUCGAGACCUCAGGUGUGUGGACCGGGUCGCUGUAUUGACCUGCCAGGCGGUCGACACACGUGUACGUGUAACACCGGAUAUAUACUCAACCCUCAGCAAGGCUACUGCCAAGACAUAAACGAAUGUUUGCUGACGCCCCGGCCGUGUUCUGUGGGUCAGUGUGAGAAUGCACCAGGCAGCUUCCGGUGCAUUUGUCCAUCAGGAUACCAGACCAAUUCCCAGCAGACCCUGUGUGUCGAUUUCGAUGAGUGCCGUCAGGUGCCCAAUCCCUGUGUUAACGGCCGCUGUGAAAACACACUGGGCAGCUUCAGGUGUUUGUGCAGGACUGGAUACAAGCUACAGGAAAACAGCUGUAUAGACAUAGAUGAGUGUGAAGACCUUCAGCGUUGUCCAGGUAAAGAGUGUGUGAACUCUCAGGGCUCAUACAGAUGUGUCUCCUGUAAGCCUGGUUUUGACCUGCUCAAUGGACAAUGUUCAGAUAUUGAUGAAUGUCGUCGGACGCCCUCACCCUGUCCAAACGGCCGCUGUGAAAACACACCAGGCAGCUACAGAUGCUCAUGUCGAACAGGAUACAGAUUCCAGGGCAGCACCUGUUUGGAUGUUAAUGAGUGUGAAGAUCCACUGCAGUGUCCUGGACAGGAGUGUGUGAACUCUCAGGGAUCGUAUCGGUGUGUCUCGUGCAGACCUGGAUUUAGCCUUAAAAACGGAGCAUGUUCAGAUAUCGACGAAUGUCGUCAGACACCGUCACCUUGCUCAAACGGACUGUGUGAAAACACGCUUGGCAGCUUCAGAUGUGUGUGCAGAACCGGCUACAGACUGCAGGGUGGUACCUGCACAGAUAUCGAUGAGUGUCGUCAGACUCCUGAUCUGUGUGUUAAUGGCCGCUGUGAGAAUAACAUAGGGAGCUACAGCUGUUUGUGCCGCCCUGGAUUCAGACUGGAGGGAAACAUCUGCAAAGAUGUGAACGAGUGUGAAAAUGAACUUCAGUGUCCAGGAAAAGAGUGUGUGAACUCGGUCGGCUCUUUCAAGUGUGUCUCCUGUCAGCCGGGCUUUGAGCUUCUUGACGGCCAGUGCCAAGAUAUGGACGAAUGUAGUCAAAACCCAACACGCUGCAGUUAUGGCCAAUGUAUGAACACUCCUGGCAGCUUCAGAUGUGUGUGUGAUCUAGGUUUUAAUCUACAGGGCGGCACUUGUGUGGACAUUGACGAGUGUUUGGACGAGCUGCAGUGUCCUGGUCAGCAGUGCUUGAAUUCUCCGGGUUCGUAUAAGUGUGUUCCCUGCAGAGACGGACACAGCAUGCAGAACGGACGCUGCUCAGACAUUGAUGAAUGUGUGAGUCCUAACGUGUGUGGCCUGCAGAGCAUGUGCGUGAACACGGAUGGCUCGUACCGCUGCGACUGUUUACCAGGGUACAGAGCGGCAGGGCCGCGACGCCAGUGCCGAGACAUUAACGAGUGUCUGGAAGGAGAUUUCUGCUUUCCGAGUGGAGAGUGUAUGAACACAGACGGAUCAUAUAAGUGUGUUUGCGCGCAAGGCUACAAGAGCGCCGUUAAUGGGACUUCCUGCCAAGAUGUGGACGAGUGUGUUCAGGAGGGAGUUUGUCAGGACGGCCGCUGCAUCAAUACUGAGGGAUCAUUCCUGUGCCACUGCCAAACCGGCUUCACCACCAACCCAGAGAGAACAGCCUGCCUGGAUGUGAACGAGUGUUUGGACUCGGAGGGACUGGUGUGCGGAUCCCAGCGCUGUGAGAACACCAUCGGCUCUUUCCGCUGCGUGGCGUCAUGCGAGCCCGGAUACCACAUCACCGCCACAGGAGAGUGUGUGGACAUUAACGAGUGCGCUAACGAGACGGUGUGCGGACAUCACGCCUUCUGCCAGAAUCUGAUCGGCACGUAUCAUUGUCUGUGUGACCAGGGAUAUGAGUCCACAGGCAACGGACAGAUGUGUGUGGACAUAAAUGAGUGUGAGACGAUGCAGGGUGUGUGUGGGUCCGCACGCUGCUGGAACGUCGAGGGCUCGUUCACGUGUGAGUGCGAGAACGGACAGGAGGAAUUUGACCCGCUCGCAGGCCAGUGUGUGAACAGAGAAAGCGCAGGUCGUCCGGGGCCGUCUGGUGGAGCCUCCGCUUCCUCGACUAGACGCGGUUCGGCUGGAUCAUCCGUCUCGGUGUCUGGGUCUCUGCCGCAGUCUCGGCCUGGAGAAAUGAGAGAGUGUUACUAUGGUGUAUCUGAGCCGUACUCCUGCAAGAUAUUGGCUCAAAACACGACGCUGGAGGAGUGCUGCUGUACAGCGGGACAGGGCUGGGGCCUCAUGUGCCAAUAUGACAUCUGUCCCGAGACUGGAACAGCGGAAUUCCAAUCGUUGUGUCCCAGCGGAAGAGGGUACGUCACCACCAAAACGGGAGCGUUCGACUACAAGGAAGUGGAUGAGUGUAAGGUGUUUGAUCCAGAGGUGUGUAAAGGCGGAGUGUGUGUUAACCACAUUCCCGGCUACGCCUGUUACUGUCCCAGUGGAUUCUACUACGACACGAAUCUGCUGGAGUGCAUCGAUAAUGAUGAAUGUGACAGUGAAGAGACCUGUUCUGGCGGUCAGUGUGUAAAUACACUGGGAACGUUUUACUGUACAUGUGAGCCCCCUCUAGUGCUGGACGACACACAGCGCAACUGUGUCAAUGCAAGCGGCCUCACUGAGGAUGAGAACUUAAAUUUCUGUUGGAGUCACGUCACAGCUAGUCUAGUAUGUCAGAGUCCUUUGUUAGGAGCUCAGCUGACCUUUACUGAGUGCUGCUGUUUGUAUGGUGAGGCCUGGGGUCUGCAGUGUGCCCUCUGCCCCCGCAGAGAUGAAGAGGCCUAUGAGGCUCUGUGUAAUGAGUUGGGUCCUCCUCCGUACUCUCCUCGUUACUACGAGCGCUUCGGGCCAGGGUCUCUGCCUGGGAGAGAAGGAUUCCGCACCCCAUAUGGCCCCCCAGAGUACUCCGAACCCCAGCCGGGACGCACAGACUACAUACCGACUGAUUAUGGUGACUACAGUUCUGUGGGAGCAGGUGGACGGCGGUCUGGGCUGAGAGGCAGACCGCCCAGCUCAUACGGACUCCCAGAUGCCCCCUACAGGCAGCCAGCAACCGGUGGAAGUCGUUACUAUGAGGAGGACGAUUAUGAAACCGCGCCCGGCCCUCCCUUUGGUAUCUCGGAUCCUCGUGGCGAGCGGACAUAUGAUGCACGACCCCUGCCGUCCCGUCCUGACGGGCUUCCGCUCAGCUUGGCCCCGCUUCCGGAAAACUCCCCGUACAGAGAGGGUGAGGAGGAUGAGUCAUGGAGAGCCCCGCCCCCAUUUCCAAUGCUGCCCGGCAGACGGGAGGGACCACGACGAGUUUAUGAGCGGAGAUAUGAAUCAUACGGAAGUCUGAGUUCAGAAGAGUGUGGCAUUGUUCACGGCUGUGAAAAUGGCCGCUGUAUCCGCGUGGAGGAAGGUUACACGUGCGACUGUUACGAUGGCUAUCAGCUCGACAUCACUAGCAUGACGUGCAUAGAUGUGGAUGAGUGUGAAGAUGAAGACACACUCGACUGCGUUAACGCUCAGUGUGUGAACACGGAGGGCUCGUACAGGUGCGCGUGUCUCAGGGGCUUCAUCAUGUCCCGAAGACCCAACCACUGCAUCCCUGCUUGAUCGAGGACUGCAUUUAGAGACUUAGUAAUUAUUUUUUUUCACCACGUUGCUGUAAAUUGUUUAUUUUAUGACUUUAUUUACAAUACUUGUGUGUGUAUCCAAAAGUCUAAUACUGAAGCUUUACAUUCAACACACAAACAAAACUCAAUACUGUUGUACUCAAAAGAAAAAUUGGUAAUGCUAACUAAAGCCUUUAUGUAUAAUGCAUUAUAAAGAUAUUUGUAAUGUAUGUUGUAAUGCAUUGCAUCUUUUCAUAAAUAACUAACUAUUAAUGCAUUAGAAUAUUUGAAGGUUUGUUCAAUGGAUAGCUAAGUAUUAUAACGUAUUAUAAAUGUGGUGCAUUACAAUACUAAUGCAUUAAAACUGCUUUUAUAAUGCACAACAUAUAAGGCUUUACGUGUUACUGAAAAAUUAUAUUUUAAUGUACUUUCAUUGGUUGGACGCAGACCAGAUGAGCUUGAAUGGCUCUAAAAUAUCCGCGAAACUACAUAAACUAGAAGUGCUUUUUUAAAUAUUCAUAUUUAUGUAUCCAUAUCAAUGAAGGCAGUUUCAUAUAUAUAUUUUUUAUAUAGUAUACAUUUUUGUCAUAUGUCUGAGAAUUUCACCAAGCAACUAUUUGAUACUGUAAAAUCUUUUUUCUGUCUUUCGUCUGUUAGAAACCCCCGCGCCACAUAACAUAAAAUGCACUGUAUUUGUGGGGGAAAUGCAGUCGUGAACUGCUAUUGUACAUUUUAAGACGUCUCAGAUGUUUGUUACAUAUUUUUGUGUGUACGUUUUUGAUAUCCUCUAUGUCGUUUGGAAAUAUAUUUGCACACAUUUCCAUCAAUCAA